AUGCUGGUCAACUCCUCCAUCUGCGGCCGCCGGAGUUCUUUCCUCUGCAGUCUCGUCUUGCGACGCCCCUUCUCAAUGUCCUCUGCACCGUCAUCUCAUGGCCUCGAGGUCGAUCUCUCCCACCCAACCUACAUGAUCUGGGGGGCCAACACGGGGGUCGGGAAGACGCUUGUCUCCGCAGGGUUAGCUGCCUCGGUGCUGUGCGAAUCUCAAUCCUCUGCUCCUCCGGCUCCCUCUCAGUUUCUGUAUGUGAAGCCUGUUCAGACCGGAUUUCCCGGGGACUCCGACUCCAGGUUCGUCCACCGCAAGGUAUCGGAGCUCUUCCUCAAUUGGAGGAGUGAGUCGCCCAUUGGGUUAUACGCGUCGAACCAUGUUCUGAAAGUCUCAGGCGCAGCUUCGGUGGAGAUGCCCGGUGUGGAGCGGGUGGAAGGAGAGAGAAAUGCUGGUCUUAGGGACGUGUGUUUCUACGAGGAGAGAAUAUUGAGUGGGGUGGAUUGUGAAGGGAAGGAUUCGGAGUUGCUCUGCAAGACAAUGCACGCAUGGAAAGAGGCGAUCUCGCCUCACCUUGCUGUAGUGAGAGAGAAUGCUGGUGUUGAGGACGCAGUUCUGUUACAGUCUCUGAAGGAAUGCUUGGCAUCUACUUUCAGAGGGGGAGGGUCCGGAAGGAAGGAUAAUUUUUGGUGUGUUAUAGAAACUGCAGGAGGAGUCGCAAGCCCAGGUCCUUCCGGUGUUCUACAGUGCGAUCUGUACAGGUUAAUGCGGAUUCUGUGGAAAGCUGUCUUCCAUUGAAGAUUAACAUAAUUUCUAGCAGGAUAAAUAUUUAGUCUUCUUCUUUCUUGUUUCCCAGUAGUAUUGCUAGUAAAAAAAGAUCAAAUGAUUCUUUGAUUGCAUACUCAUUUAAAUUACAUGAUUGAUCACUUUAAUUCAAUGAAAGUGUAUAUUUGUGAAGCGGAAAACAAGUAUCAACUCAAAGAUUAAGCUCAGAUGCUCAUCGAUCAUAACUCCAUUCCUUCUCCCUUUCUAUAAAUUUGAUGAAUCAUAUUUAUGUUCUUAUCAGUUAUCUCUGGUAGGCUUCCUUAUCUGAUGGUUGACUGUCAACCCAUAAAAGUUGAUUCCUAUUCUUGCUGUCUCGCAGGCCUUUCAGAUUGCCCGGCAUUCUUGUCGGUGAUGGCCGUCUUGGUGGCAUAUCCUGCACUAUAUCGUCAUAUGAGACCUUAAAAUUCAGAGGAUAUGACAUAAGUGCUAUCAUUUUAGAGGAUCACGGCCUAUCAAAUGAAACAGCAUUGCUAUCUUACUUGAGAAACAAGUAAGCUGCCUGAUUUUCAUCUGUUCACGGCUUUAUAGUUGAUUGUAAUCUUAUCAUUAGUUUCAGAUCAUUUAUGUAGUAGCUUUCUAAUAACCUUGCUCCAUAACUUGUUGACACUACGCAGUUUUAUUGAAAGUCUCAUUUAUAUUCAGGGUCGAGAGUGAGUUAGAAUGAUGUUGUAUUUUUAAACCCCUUUUUUUUGCAAACACUUCUGUUUGAAUGACAAUAACGUGUUCGUGUUCUUUUCAUGCCAUGGCAUUGAAAGUUAAAUGGCUAUGCUAAUUAUUCCAUGGAUUAUCAAUGUUAGUUGACUAAAAGUGGAUUAGUAUACUUUCACCUAUGACAUUAUAUCGAAAAACCCAAAUGCAGCGUCAAAUUUUAUUUAUUUAUUUAAUUCUAUGGCGGAUGAGCUUUCUGCAGGUUUCUGGGGUGGAUAGCGUAUGACACAUGGCACUAUGUCAAUAUUAAUGACGGUGCAGACUGAGAAUUCGGAAAUUUUAUUCAAUGAAUUGUGGUAAAAAAAGUUUAGGGCCCGUAAAGGAUGCCCAAAUUUUCGGUUGGAGGUGUAAAGUAUGAGUAAAUAUGGUGAUGUAUUAAUUGUAUUUCAAAAGUAUAAUAUUCUUUCUUUUCCGUUUGUACUCUUCGCGAUCUGCCAUAUUUUUACUUAGAAUACUAUCCCAAAACCAAAGGUUACUCGUCUUCCUUUGUGAUGUAUGCAGGCACCCCUCCCUAUCCCUUAGGGAAUUGUAUUAUGCAAUACUGAUGCCUAGAUUGCCUCUCUUCUCUUCCUUACCGCUGGCUUUUCUGUGUUAACCCUUAAAAUGAUCAUAUCUUUUCCUAAUAAAGCUGGUUCAUUGUUUUUCGGUUCCUGUUCUGUGUCCAAGAUUCGCCACCCUGUGGAAGAACGGUUUUUGUUUGUGCAGUUACCAUGCCUAAUGAUUUGGAAGGAUUUUUACAUUUGACUCUUUCAUCCAGGGUGCCUGUGCUGGUGAUGCCACCUUUUCCCCGCGAUCCAUCAGAUGAUCUGAUACGAUGGUUUUCUGAGUGUAGAAAUGUAUUUAUCUACCUUCAGAAAUUGAUGCAUACGGCUUACUUGAAAAGAAUAGGCAGAUUACAUGAUAUAGGAGCAAAGGCUGGAGAAGUUUUAUGGUGGCCAUUCACUCAGCACAAACUUGUUCCCACGGAGACUGUUACUGUAAUAGAUUCUCGCCUGGGUGAGAAUUUUUCUGUACAUAAGGUGCGUGUAUUUUCAGCAUAUUUUUCUGAAAAACUCUCCUUGGUUCCUGGAAGGUCUUGAAUUGGCAGCAAUAAAUAAUUUUACGGCUAUAAGGGAUGAUAAUGUAUAAAACGUUCUCUUUCUUCCACAUGUAUUUUGUUAAAUUUCAUAUCACAUAGGGUCAAUUUUUUCUGUUCAUAAUACUAUUUUUUGAAGCAAGCUGUCAGCUCUAAUAAGUUAGAAAGUUUAGUAGCGAGAAAGAAAGUAAUAUUUAAUGUCUGUCGUAUAUUUAUACUUGUACACACGUGUUUGCAUUAGUUUAAAUUCAUUGAAUUAUUUCCUUGUAUGAUCUUGAUAUUUAUGUUGCAUCUAACUAUUUUUUAUUAUUAUUAUGUGGGUGUCGUGACUAGGUGAUUGACAAUUGCGAUUUUAUUAUUCCCCAAUUUGAUGCAUGUGCUAGUUGGUGGACUCAAGGCCCAGAUGCUACUUUACAGGUCAUCCUUAUAAAACUCUCUUUAAUGAUUUUACAUUGUUUAUUGCAAAGUUAUUGGUCUAUUCUAUGACUAACAUUAAUCAUGUGUUUGUAAUGGUUUUUCUUGGAUCCUUUUCAUCUACUUCCUAGGGGGAUCGUUUUUUAAAAUCUUUUGACAUGCAUUUUACCAAAAAUAUGAUUUUUAGUAGAUACGGAAAAAUCAAUGUUCUUGAUGUUCUUCCAAGUCUAUGCAUUUUUGGUUCGGCAUUGGGUUUCUAGACUAUGCCAUAAGGCCAUGGAUCAGUUGUUGGGUUUCAGUUUUUCUGAAUAUGAACACUGAUACCGUCACCUUAACUUGUGAAAUUUGGUUAUGUAUGCCUACAUGGACUAUUGUCGGAUAGACUUUCACCACGGAAACCUACAGUUUCAACAUUAGGCUGGGUCAUAUGCAAUCAUAGUUUAACGGUAAAUAGGGUGAAGCUGAUUUCCUCCUUGUGCGAAUCAGUUUUAAGAUCAUAUUUGACGAUCACACGCAAAUUUUGUUUUAUUAUAUUCUUCAUUAUUCUGUGGCUGGGGAAGUGCUAUAAUUUUUUCUUCUUAUGCUUUUGUCAAUUUCAGAUUGAACUUGCAAGAGAUAUGGGUUAUGCUACUUCGAGAUUUGGACAUGUGAUGUUCCCUGAGAACGCUUAUGAACCAGCAUUACAUUGUGCAGAGCUUAUGCUUGGAGGUGUAGGAAAAGGUCAGACAUUCUGUUUGCUAAUCAUUUUUGUUACAAUAAAUUGUGCGGUAUUACAUUCUUCCUAUACAUUGUGCAGUAUUACAUUGUGGAGAGCUUAUGCACUGAUUUCUCAAUUUCAUGUUAUGUUACAAUAAACCAAGAAUCGGGGUGAUGGGGUUCCCUUGAUGUAAUAUAAGAUACUGAGCAAGGUUAUAUGGACAUUAAGGUUUGGUUCGUAACAUCAGAUUUUCUAUUAUAUGUUUCAUUAAUUUACAGUUGCAAUCGUGUGAUAGAUUUGAAACCUUAAAAAGUAACAAUCUAAACAUUUCGAGGUUCAUCUGUAGCCAAGUACAUGCAACUUCGUUCUCUGCUCCCUUUUUCUUGUUUAGUAGUCAUAUUUCGUGAGCUCAAGUUUUAGAAUGUUUGUCGUGUUGGACUAAAAGGUCUUGUUGUUGUUUGGACACUGUUCUCGCAGGUUGGGCUUCUCGUGCUUACUUUUCUGAUAAUGGAUCCACUGCCAUUGAAAUCGCAAUUAAGAUGGCAUUUCGCAAAUUCUCAUUAGACCAUGGUAUUCAUAUGGAAACUGCUUAUGAUAGUAUGGGGAAAAAAAUGGAUUUCAGGGUACAGUGUUUUAUGUUGAGUACAAUUAUACCUGAUUUCAUGUUUUUUUUUUAGCUGAUGGAAAGAGGAGUAAUAUUUGAGUGCCUUUGAUCCGGAUAACAGCCAAAAGAAGAAAAGCUUAGAUAUCUGAUUUUAAUGCAAGUUAGUUCUUCAUUGUGCUUCCAUGCCUCGGGUGGUCAAGAGAACCAGCGAAAUAGUUGGGCGUGGCAAUUGAUGAAACAAUAGUGCAUGUUCUUCUCAAGCCCUUGCAACCAAGGCUAGAUCCCUAGCUCAUUUAAUGAUUAAUAAUUUAUUAUGUAUUGAGAAAUAAGUUCUCUUAUGACAUGUACCGCUUAAAAGUUUAAAAAAUUGUUGUCGCUUUCAAUAUCAUAAGAGCAAUGUUGCAAGCAUGUACCGUGACAGAAAAUUUAUCGCCUCACCACCCCCCCACCCCCCCCGCCGUAAAUCAAAAUUGAGUGCGUUAUAGAAUUUUACAAGAACUCUGUAGGAAUAAUUAUAAGUUUUUUCUCAUCCAAGAUAUUUAAUUCUACAUGUCACCACAAGCUAAGUCCCAGAAGAUUGAUGAAUAAGUAAAUCUGUUAUCCAUUUGUGAAUUAGAUAUUUUACGGAACGGGAAGUUUUGAGUAUCAUGGUUGAUUAACCAUAUAUCCGUUUUAACCUAACUCAGGUUCUGGCUUUGAGUGGAUCGUAUCACGGUGACACCUUGGGUGCCAUGGAAGCCCAGGCUCCAUCCAUAUAUACAAGUUUUUUGCAGCAGCCAUGGUUAGUUCAUUCUGCAGAUAGUCUGUAGAUUUUUCUGAUUUUGCAGAAUGGUCGGAUAAAAAUAUCUUCUUUGAGUAUAUUUAGUACCUGUGUCCAAGUUACUAAGAUUUAUCCAUUUCUAGAGCUUUUUUUUUUUUUUUUGCGUUAUAAAAACUUGCAUUUAUGCUGAGAGGUCCUCUGCAUUGAAAAAUGAUGAUGCGUGGUGAUAUGACUCCUGCUGUAAGGCUCAUCAUUGGCUUACUGACGAUCUUCGUUGCUGUAUUCUCCAUGAUUCUUGCUGUCAUAAUUUUGUACUUCCCUCUGAUGGCCUGUUUGCUCCAUGGAUUUAGCACAAACACUUGCAAUUUUAUGGGCAAGAACUGGGGUUUUCACGCAGUGAGUCUUUAGAUGAUGGGUUUGAAGGUGCCGCCAAGGCAAUCCAGAUGCCCUGUGCAUCCAAGAAACUUAGGCAGACAGCCCAAUUAAGGCACUUGCGUGGGUAGCUCAUUUUUUUGAUUUCUAGGAAACUUUGACCAGGCAGAAACACAUUACAUGAUGUAAUGUUACUCAUAAAUAUGAUCGAUGAGUGAUGGCAGACUUCAUUCCAUGCCUUAAUGUGUCAUAUAAUAUAGCGGAUUGCUGUUGUCCGUCAUCAAGCUGUUUAAUAUGACCACAUAAUGGUAAUUUUCCUUUGUCAGGUAUCCCUGAACUCUGAUGCGAACCACCUAAUGCAUGAUCAAGUGUUUGUUUCCUGCAUCAGGAGGUUCAUCUACUUUCUCGGAAUUUUCGUUCGAGUUGUCUUUCAUUUUCUGGCUGCCCUUCUACUUCGUGUAACCCUCCUCCAUAUCCACAUGUGGAUCAUUACAUAGGCAGCAAAUUCUUGAGCCCAACAAUAAAAAAAUAUUUUUCUAAUAUCUUCAACACAGAAAACUAUUUAAAGCAGAACAUUUAACAUCAUAUUUUAAUACUAAAGACUCUGGCAAGCCUAUUUGCAUAAGAUUCACAUUCUCUUAUCCAUCAUGAUAUCGUUCCCUUCAGUGCUUCUCCCCCCUGGGAACGUGGGUCAAUUAGGGUUAUGGUCUAUUCUUGUCAUACAGUGCAAUACACACAGUUGAGAAAUUUUUGUAUCAUAUUUUGACCCAAGCACCUUCCUUCCGAUAGACAAAUAAAUAAAUUAUCUUACUUCAGGUAUUCUGGGCGAGGCCUCUUUCUGGAUCCUCCUACGGCGUAUCUUAGUAAUGGACGCUGGAGCAUUUCCCUGCCCACAGCUUUACAAUUUCGAAUGGAGAAGACGGAUGAUAUGAGUAUGAGAAGUGGACCCCCUUAGAAGCCCCAAUUUUCUUUGCUUUCGCGCUUUAACCAUGUGGAAACUUUUCUUCUGCUCUUCAGGUUUCGAUUCGUUUGAUGACUUAUUCUCUUGGAGCCGGGAAUCUUCAGUUCUCGCAGAAGGAUAUUCUGCUUAUAUCACAGAGCAGCUAUCACAGCUUUCUGGAGGCAGUGAAUCGACCCAUAUUGGUGCACUGAUUAUGGAGCCAGGAAAGUCUCUAUUUCCUUCCAUAGAAUCUUUCUCGAAUUCCUAUUCAUAUUUAUAGAAAGUAACUUACUCGAAUCUACAUAACCAAUGGUUCAUGUUGUUGACCUGCAUCUUACAGCUGGCAUGUUGACUAAAACUUAUGCCGGAUAAACUGACAAGAACACUCCCCAUGAAAAGGAAAUCUUUCAGUAAAUAUGUUGUAUCCACAGAGAUCAAAGAAUUCCUAUUGAUGUUUGUAGAAAUUAACUUAUUUCCAUGAUGGUUCAUAUUGUUGACCUGCAGCUAACAGUAGGCAUGUUUGACUAAAGCUAUGGCGGAUAAACUGGCAAGAACACUCCCCGUGAAAAAGGAGAUCUUUCAGUAAAGUUGUUGUAUCCACAGAGAUCAGAGACGUUGCAGGCAUUUCUCUUGGUACAUUGCCUCUUGUUCUAAAUAUCUCUGGUCGCUACUCUACAGUUAUCCAUGGAGCUGGUGGGAUGCAUCUGAUUGAUCCGGCUUUCCAGCGCGUCCUCGUGAGGAAGUGUCGGGCACGAAAGAUCCCCGUGAUUUUCGACGAAGUGUUCACUGGUUUCUGGCGUCUCGGAAGAGAGGUGCGCACUCCAUCUCCUCACCCCUGAUCAUAAUUUCCUUUUAUGCCAUCCCCGCUUAGCUGGCUGCUUGGACGCCUGCCACCUGUUGCCUUUACCCCCAUUUAAUCUGUAUAUAUUCCUUUUCUGAGCAUUACUCCCUCCCAUGCAGUCUGCAGCUGAGCUGCUGGGUUGCAUGCCAGACAUCGCCUGCUAUGCCAAGCUUUUAACAGGAGGGGUUGUGCCCUUGGCUGCUACGCUGGCCACAGAGGCCAUUUUUGAGGCUUUCUCUGGAGAUUCCAAGGUGAGGAGUGAAGCUUACGUUUCAUGGGUAAGAGAGCCGAGCAUGGGGGGAAGCUGAUAAUGGCAGGAAUAUUCUCUCUCUUCCUUUUUUUUCUGGAGCUACAGGCCGAGGCGCUCCUGCAUGGGCACUCCUACUCUGCUCACCCGAUGGGCUGCUCAGCUGCCACAAAGGCCAUACAAUGGUUCAAAGACCCUUCUACGAAUCCUAACCUGGAGGGCGGAGGGGAGAGUCUAAAGGAGGUACGCCAACCGAUGGGUUACUUUCUCUCUCUACUGUGAUCUAUGCUCAGUGGGCGAUCAGAAUUUUGAGAUGAUGUUGCCGUCUGAUCCGUUGACUGUACGUUUGAUGUGGAGAUGUUGUAGCUGUGGGACGGGGAGCUGGUGCGGCAAGUAUCGUCCCAUUUUGCUGUUCGGAGAGUUGUCGCGUUGGGAACCCUCUGCGCUAUCGAGCUCCGAGCUGAAGGGUCUGAUGCGAGGUAUGAUGGCUUGACCCUCCUGUCCAGUUACACUGAAAAACUUUUUCAUUUCCCGGGCUAGCACCUUUCUAUUUUGGCCGGAUUAGUUGGCCUUGCUGGCGUCGAUACCAGAUGGUUUCAUCCAAGACUCUCUCUCUCUCUCUCUCUCUCUCUCUCUCUCUCUCUCUUUCUGCGUGUGUGUGUGUGCGUCUCUCGCUCUCCCUUCCUCUCUCUCUUUCUCUCUGUCUCUGUGUGUCUCUCUCUCGCUCUGUCUCUCUCUCUCUCUCUUCGUCUGACUAGCCGUUCUCUCUCCAUCCAGCUACGCGUCUCUAUACGCAAGCUCGCUUGUUCGUAGCCUCCGUGGAGACGGCGUCUACAUGAGGCCUCUGGGUAACGUCAUCUACCUCAUGUGCGGCCCCUGCACGCACCCCCACGUCUGCCGCACACAGCUCCACAAGGUUUAUCAGGCCAUCGACCGCUUCGCCCAAUCCCAGCCCUCCAAGCUAUCAUCUACGGCCCUCUAA